UGAUAAACAAUAAAUAAAUUAUCAAAUGAGCAAACUGAGCUACUUUGAAUUACUUGAGCUCUAUAGAAAAGGGUAAUUUUGGACACUUCCUUAUUUAUAUGAUUUUGCUUGUCUUCAAAACAAAGAAUUAUCAAAUUAGUAGUAUAUUGCAUCUCAAAAUUCGAUAAUAGUUGAUAAUGAUAAAUAAAAUACUAUAGGAUUCAGCAAUACAAUUUAAUUUUAAGCGUCAAGAAUUUUAGAUUUGGAUUAUUUACUUUAAUCAGGGAGAGUAUACGAUGAUGAUUCAUGUUAAUCUAUAAUUAAAUAAGUUUAAACAAGAAAUCAAAAGAGUAAAAGUGAUGUAUCUAAAUCUGAAUAAAAAUAAAAUAAAAUGAAGAAAAAAGUAGAAUAAAUAUUGAAGAAGGAGAAAAGUGUACAUUUGGGUACUCAAUUUUAAUAGUUCCAGUUUUCAAGUUCGAGUCUUCGUCCUAGAUAUGUGAGAGUUUAUAAAAAAAAUGAAGAUCUAUGUAUAAAACGAUUUUAGUUAGUUUAAUUAUUGUUUGAGGAACUGUAAUAAGUAUAUCCUUAAUGUACAGAUUGGGAUGUUAUUCUAUUAUUGGAUUUAUCUAUUAAUAAUUUUGAUAAAGCUUUUAAAUUAUUAAAAGAAAGUAGUUAUUUUGUACAAUAUUAUCUAUAAGGUAAAUAUAGUUUCUUGAAUAAGUAGUAUAAUCCAUAAAUAAUGUUGAUAAAAAUGGGUUAGAAAAUAGAUGGAAAAAAAGAUAAAAUAAAAAAAAUUGA